GCCGGGGUUCCCGGAUGCGGGCGCGCUCGGCGGUUAUAAAGGGCCGGGGGAAGGCGGGAGCGGCUGCAGUUUGAAUCGCGGCGGGUCGGGGUAGGUUGGUGUUGUCGCCCGAGCUCGGUGCGUGCGGGACGUUCUCUGCCUCAGCCUGCCACCCACCUUCGCGGCGCUGCACUCCGGUUCGCCAUGGCUGGCGGGAAAGCUGGGAAGGACUCCGGGAAGACCAAGACCAAAGCAGUGUCCCGUUCCCAGCGGGCUGGAUUGCAGUUCCCUGUUGGCCGCAUCCACAGGCACCUGAAGUCUAGGACGACCAGCCAUGGACGUGUGGGAGCCACAGCUGCUGUGUAUAGUGCUGCAAUCCUGGAGUACUUGACAGCUGAGGUCCUUGAGCUGGCAGGAAACGCAUCCAAAGACUUGAAGGUGAAACGUAUCACUCCCCGUCACUUGCAGCUUGCCAUUAGAGGAGAUGAAGAGUUGGAUUCUCUGAUCAAGGCAACAAUUGCUGGUGGUGGUGUAAUACCGCAUAUCCACAAGUCUCUCAUUGGCAAGAAAGGACAACAGAAGACUGUCUAAAGGAUACCAGGAUUCCUUGUUAUCUCAGGACUCGAAGUACUUAAUUUGUCCAGUGUUGGUGAUUCCAGUGGACUGUAUCUGUGAAACACAAUUUUGCCUUUUUUUAACUUUGAGAAGCUAAAGCUCCCUUGAGCUUUCUAACAAACCAAAUUUCUGCAUUGAAGUCUUAACUGUAUUUAAGUGUUACCAUGGCUUCAAAGAAGCUAUUGUGUUUGUAGUGGGUUUUAAGUGAGUUGACUGUUUCUAGAUUGGUUUGAGUAAGUAAAGGAAAUGUUUGGUUUUGUACAGAUGUUUCAUCCACUAGAGUGGAAAUACUCAAUAAAUGUUAUGUCAAGACUGA